AAAUUUGAAAAAUGUACUCAAACGAARAUUUUUUUCAGAAACACACCUGGUACGCCGCCAAGUAUUGGAUGUGUGAGUUCAUGUGCCUGGCAAACAUCGUGCUGCAGAUAUACUGGAUGAACAAAUUUUUCGCCGGAGAGUUCAUUACGUACGGGCUGCGCGUCAUCGGCAUGUCUACCGAACAUCAGGAUAACCGGGUGGACCCAAUGGUCUUCAUAUUUCCUCGGGUGACCAAGUGUACUUUCCACAAGUUUGGACCCUCUGGGACAGUGCAAAAGCACGAUUCGCUGUGCGUGUUGCCACUGAAUAUCGUAAACGAGAAGACUUACAUAUUCAUAUGGUUUUGGUAUCUACUGCUGUUGUUGGCGCUGGUCUUAAUGAUCUGUCACAGGGUGUUGAUCAUGUACAGCGCGACCGCCAGAAAGAACGCGUUGCGGUACCGCCACUACAGGUUGAUAACCGACGACGUCGCCAAAGCCGUGACUAACAAAGUGUCGUUGGGCGACUGGUGGGUGCUGUACAUGCUGGGAAAAAAUCUGGAUCCAAUCAUUUACAGAGAAGUGGUGCGUGAAAUUGCGAAAAAAGCUGAUAACUGAUGACCACGUGAUGAUGACUGCCGCUCGGAUAUUCGCGGAUUAUUCAUUAUCACCACCAUCGUCAUCAAGACUGCGAUCAUCGGUGUUCAAAUCCUCAUCUUUAUGAUAUUAUUUUUGUGUAUAUUACACGAUAAUAAUAUUACGACAUUAUAAUAUAAUAUUGUCGGGAGUCGACUUAAUUAUUUAUUUUUUUCGUUUUAAAUUUUAGAUUCAGUAUAAAUCCUGUUUUCUUUUUUUUCCACUACACGUACCACCGUGUACUUAUACUUCUAAUUUAUUAUUAAAAAUUUGUAUUCGUCGUUUAUUGUUAAAAAAUGUGUGUUCCACGAACACGCUAGUAUAACAUAAUACGUUCAUGUCUAUAUAUUAUGAUAUAUUGAUACAUAUCAAAGUACAAACAGUAGUUGCAUACGAACAACAUGCGGACAAGACUACUAUAAUAUUACGAUAUAUUUAUAUAAUACCAUUAAURCAAAUUGUUUUGUUUAGAUUUUUUUUUWUAUUUGUAAACGACUGUAAACUACUAUUUAUUAUUGUAUAAUUGUAUCCUAUUCCUAGAUUUAACACGUUUUUGUGUUAUUAUUUUUAUUUUUGAAUGCUCGUACGAUACGUWUACCAACGCAUUUGCAAGCAAAAUAUUAAAUAAUAUCUUGGAGAGAUCAAAAUUAUAAUAUAAACCAGUGCUUCUCAACCUUUUUUGUUAUAGGGACCCUUAAAUUUAAUGUAAAACUAUCAAAGCCCCCCAAAAAUUGUAUUAUUAUUUAAUAACAGUAUCCAACAUCAGACCUUAUCGACAAUGAUUAAUCAUACGGUCSGUUAUAAUAAUAUAUAACUGAAUAACCGAAAAUGUUUUAAAUAAAAUAAAAUAUUUCAAGCUCUCUCCUCCAGGCACAUAGCUACGGCCACCAGUUUGAGAAGCACUGAUAUAAACUAUUAAAUUAUGACUACCUAUAAUACAGGUGUACUAUAUUAUAGUACCUAUAUGGAUAU